AUGGCCGACUCUCCUACUCUAAGCAUAACACUUCUGGGAGCUGGUCAAGAAGUUGGGCGCUCAUGCUGCGUGCUGCAGUAUCGCGGCAAGACCGUCGUAUGCGAUGCUGGGGUGCACUUGGCAUACAGUGGGAUGGCGUCGUUGCCGUUCGUAGACGAACUUGAUUGGAGUACCGUAGAUGCACUCCUCAUCACUCAUUUCCACAUGGAUCAUGCGGCUGCUCUGACAUAUAUUAUGGAAAAGACUAAUUUCAGGGACGGUAAAGGAAAAGUGUAUAUGACACACCCCACGAAAGCCGUUCACAAGUUCAUGAUGCAAGACUUCGUUCGUAUGAGCUCGACUUCAUCGGACGCGCUCUUUUCUCCCAUGGACGUCACUAUGUCUCUUGCGUCCAUUAUUCCUGUGUCUGCCCAUCAACUAAUCAACGUCUGUCCUGGAAUCUCCUUCACGUCCUAUCACGCUGGUCACGUUCUGGGUGCUUGUAUGUUUCUCAUCGACAUUGCUGGGCUCAAAAUACUGUAUACCGGCGACUACUCUCGGGAAGAAGAUCGACAUUUGGUUAAGGCUGAGGUUCCCCCCAUUCGACCUGACGUUCUCAUAGUUGAAAGUACGUUCGGCGUUCAGACCCUUGAGGCUAGGGACGAAAAGGAGGCGCGCUUUACAAAUCUCGUGCAUUCCAUAAUCCGGAGAGGCGGUCAUGUCUUGAUGCCUGUCUUUGCUCUCGGCCGUGCACAAGAACUCCUGCUUGUACUAGACGAAUACUGGAAGAAACACCCGGACCUGCACAGCGUGCCGAUUUACUAUGCUUCUAACCUUGCUCGCAAGUGUAUGGCGGUGUAUCAGACGUACAUCCACACCAUGAACUCGAAUAUCAGGUCAAGGUUCGCCAAGCGUGACAAUCCUUUCGUUUUCAAGCACGUCUCCAACAUCCCCCAAACUCGAGGGUGGGAGCGCAAAAUUGCAGAGGGCCCGCCCUGCGUUGUCCUCGCCAGCCCCGGUUUCAUGACCGUCGGGGCGAGUCGGGAACUGUUCGAGAUGAUGGCGCCCGAUCCUCGGAACGGGCUCAUCGUCACUGGGUACUCUGUGGAAGGGACACUGGCUAGGGACAUUCUGACGGAGCCGACGGAAGUGGUUGGGCUGAAGGGCAAUAUAAUCCAGAGGAAGAUGUCCGUGGACGAGAUCUCGUUCAGCGCGCACGUCGACUAUUCGCAAAAUUCUGAGUUUAUCGAGAUGGUGAAGGCUCAGCAUGUGGUCCUCGUGCACGGCGAGGUGAACAACAUGGGCCGGCUGCGGGCUGCCCUGCAGUCACGAUACAAAGACCGAGACGAGGAGGUCAAGAUCCAUACCCCUCGGAAUCUCGAAACUCUGGAACUGACGUUCCGCGGCGAACGAGUCGCAAAGGCGAUCGGGACGCUCGCGCAGAAGGCCCCGCAGGCGAACGACACGCUCUCGGGACUGCUCGUGUCGAAGGACUACUCGUACACGCUCCUGCACCCGCGCGACCUGCGCGACUUUGCGGGCCUCUCGACGUGCGUCGUCACGCAGCGCCAGAAGCUGGUGCUCGGCGUUGGGUGGGAGCUCGUGCGCUGGCACCUCGAGGGGAUGUUCGGCCGCGUGGAGGAGGGGCUCGAUCGCGACGGCGUGCCGACGAUGCGGGUGAUGAGCGUGGUAGAUGUGAAGCAUACGAAUGAGCAGGAGCUGACGCUCGAGUGGGACUCGAGCGCGAGCAACGAUAUGAUCGCGGACUCGACGCUCGCGCUGAUCGCGGGGAUCGACAAGAGCCCCGCCUCUGUGAAACUGACCACCCACCCGCACUCUCACUCACACGGCCACGAGCACGCGCACGCGCACCCGCACGCGGACGCCGCGCACGAGCUGGCCGACGUGACGCGCAUCCAGCGCCUCGCGAUGUUCCUCGAGGCGCACUUCGGCGACGUCGAGCUGCACAUGCCCGACUCGUCCUCGUCCUCGUCCUCGCCGCCCCCGCCCGACCCCGCCGCGGACCCGGAGGACAACGACGCGUCGCUGCUCGUGCGGCUCGACGAGGCGGACGCGCGGAUCAACCUCGUUACCAUGACGGUGACGAGCGGCCACGACGCCCUCCGGAAGCGCGUCGAGUGCGUGCUCGAGAUGGCGCUGACGACGGUGAGCUCGCUCGCGGAGACGUUCGUCUCGGGCGGGCCGCUCGCGAGCGUGGGCGAGGGCGCGCUCAGCAAGGAGGGGGGUGCGGAGAAGGAGAAGGGUGUGACUGGCGCGGAGGGGGAAGGUGCGGAGGGGGAAGGUACGGAGGGGGAAGGUGGGGAUAAGGAUACGGAUAAGCCUCCGAGUGGGGAUGCGGAGAAGGGGGAGGGGGUGGGUAAGGAGGGAGUGGAGAAGCAGGGAGUUGAGAAGCAAGGGAUGGGAGAGGGGGAGGAGGAGAAGCCUGGCGACAAGGCAGGCGAGGAGAGUGAUCUGACGGAGGACGAGGACGACUCGGAGGCCCCGCUCCAGGUGCACGACUAG